CGCUUGAGCUUCAAGCCCCUGCUUCGGUGGUCGAAGUGAAACCUUGGCAACCAAGCUCUCUUGUGGAGACGCGGGAGGAUGUGACGUCACACAUGCGACACACAGACACAACCAUUGUUGUUUAUAUUCUCCGAGAGGUAAGGUGCGGAGCUCUCGUUGGUAGUUAGUUCGUGUGGUUUGACUGGUUUGUGCUCGCUUUUAUUAGGUUCACCGGAAUACACGCUGUUUAUAGCGUUUACUUUCAACUCGUUCCUGUGGUGACGGUGAAGUGUCGCGUGUGAAAGUUUUUGAACACGUGUGAUCUGCUCUGCUGGAUCCUGAUUGAACUGUGUGGUUCCAAAUAGUUGUGUCCGGAUUUUUUAGCUUGGGUUCCAGAACCUGGCCUGACAACAAAGACGUUCACUCCACGUUCAUUUACCAAAAGUGACAUGGAGAAGACCAGAGUUGAUCUGCUGAGAGAAUCAUUCUCCUGUUCCAUCUGUCUGGAGCUCCUGACGGAUCCUGUCACACUUCAUUGUGGACACAACUACUGUAAGAGCUGUGUGGAAGGUUCCUGGAGUGAAAGGAACAUCUACCAGUGUCCUCAGUGCCGACAGACCUUCACACCGAAGCCUGUCCUGCAGAAGAACACUGUGUUAGCAGAGAUUGUGGAGGAGCUGAAGAAGACUCAAGCUGCUGACCUCUGCUAUGCUGGACCUGAAGAUGUGGCGUGUGACGUCUGCACUGGAAGGAAGCUGAAAGCCCUCAAGUCCUGUCUGAUUUGUGUGGUCUCUUACUGUGAGCAACACCUGGAGCCUCAUCUGGAAGCUCCGGCCUUCAGGAGACACAAGCUGGUCCAACCGUCCAAGCAACUCCAGGAGAUCAUCUGCUCUCGCCACCAUGAGGAGAAGAAAAUGUUCUGUCGUACUGAUCAGCUGGUCAUCUGUCAUCUCUGCGCUGAGGAACAACACAAAGACCACGACACAGUUACAGCUGCAGCAGAGAAAAGCAGGCAAGAAAGAGAGGUUGAUCGCCGUCGAGAAAAGAUCCAGCAGAUGAUCCAGGAGAGAGAGAAGGAAGUGAAGCAGCUUAAGGAGGAGGAGAAGAAAAUCACUGUCUCUGCUGAUAAAGCAGUGGAGGACAGUCAUGAGAUCAACCAGCUGAUCCAGAACGUCCAGAGAAGAAUGACAUAUUUUGAGCAGCGGAUCAGAGCCCACCAGCUGAUUGAAAUGGCUCGAGUCCGAGAACUUCAGGAGCAGCUGGAGCAGGAGAACACUGAGCUCAAGAAGAAAGAUGCUGAGCUGCAGCAGCUGUCACUCACCAACAGUCACACAGUAUUCCUCCAGAACUUCUCACUACCAGAGGUCAGUGAAGACAUGCUUACCCCCAGGCCCUGCAUGUUCCGUUCCAGCUUUGAAGAAGUCACACACGCCAUGUGGUCCUGCAGCAAAGGACUCCUGGACGCUGUGAGAGACACUUUGAUCGACACCUCACCGAUGCCCCAUUCAGAGCCCAAGACCCGAGCUGAGUUCCUCAGAUACUCUCUGGACAUCACCAUGGAUCCAAACACUGCACAAACAACGUUGAAGUUGUCUGAAGGAAACAGGAAAGUGACGGGCAUGGUAGAACAUCAGUCUCUUCCUCAUCAUCCAGACCGAUUUUGGCAUUAUCCACAGGUCCUAAGUAAAACGCCUCUAACUGGAUGUUGUUACUGGGAGGUGGAGUGGGAAGAAGAAAUAAAAAUAGCAGUCUCAUACAAGCACAUCCGUAAAUCAGGAGAACAAAGUUAUUUUGGGGAUAAUGACAAAUCUUGGGCUUUGCAUUGUGACGAGUGCAGUUGUACAUUUACCCAUGACAGCAUCCGUACUAGAUACAGAACUGUUCCUUCCUCCAGAGUGGGAGUGUACCUGGAUCACUCUGCAGGUCUCCUGUCCUUCUACAGCGUCGCUGAGACCAUGACCCUCCUCCACCGAGCCCAGACCACCUUCACUCAGCCUCUCUAUGCUGGAGUCUGCAUCUGGAUCAGGUCGUGUGAGUUUGUGAACCUGAAAUGAAAACAACAGUGUGAGAACCAUUGUGUCUCACAGACUCUUCCUGCUGCUCGUUGACUUCACAUCACAUGAUCAAUAGCUGCUUUUGAAAGGACCCUGCUUUGCUGAUCUGAAUUUUUUUUUUUUUUUUGCAUCCUUCUGGCGUCGGCAUCCAUUGUCAUGCAUCUAAAGACUUUCUUAAUCCAAGAAUGAUGAGGCAUGUGAUCACAGGACUGCCAUUUCUAAAUAAAAGAUGAUUUAAUGAAUGAACCACAAAAAUGGUUGUUGCAAUAAAACAGAGCUUGUGUUGGCAGUUUCCCUCUACAUGGAUCACAGUCCAGCCCUCACCUCAGGGGAAGAGUCUGGGUGACAUCCUGGACAUUGUCAUCACCAAGACGAGGCCACCAGAAGCCGAACUUUAGACUGCGCUGUGUGGCGGGAUGGAAACUGGCGCUCUGCUGUUUCACUGUGAGGCAUGGUGGUCCUCAAAGAGGAACCUGAGAUGUUUCAGGAGGAGGAAUAUAUCAAUGAACUUGCUGCCAGGUUUAUGGAACCCAUCUGACACACAGGGCUUCUCACUCUGCUACGGGCUGUGCAGGUGGUUUUCCAGCAGGAGGCGCCUUCAGGAGUUUCUGGCUGCGCUUCAUGUCCACUUUAAGUUCUUCAACUCUGGAGUGAACCUGCUUGACUCACUGCGAACAUCAACACUGUCAAGAAUCUUCAGAAAGAAUGUCCACGAACAGUUUUACCAGAGAGGAAUUAGUGUUGCUUUAAAAAGUCCACCCCGGCCUUCAUCUCACUGUCCUCAGAGGAAGAUCUAGACGUGUUUGACCUGAAGAAAUACUUUGCUUCAGAGGAGGUUCUUGAGAGGAUGCUGCCGGUGGUCCAAGCUUCAAAAGAAGUUCUGUAAGUGGAUCAAACACUGAAACCUAAAACACCUCUGAUCAUGUGAACUGUUCAUGAAUGUUUGAAUAUUCUUCAUUUUAUUCAGACUGAGUGACUGUGGACUGUCAGAGAGAAGUGGUUCCCUUCUGUCCUCAGUCCUCAGCUCUCCGUCCUCUAGUCUGACACAACUGGACCUGAGCUCCAACAUCCCGUGGGAAUUGCAAAAAGGCCACCAGUGCUUCCACUCCUCUGUUCCUGGACUACAGGUCUCUGAAUGGUGAAAUGGCUUAGAACUGGCCGUAACAGCCAUGACAGUAUUUGUUUUGUGGCUGAGCUGUAGUCCUUUCUCCUCUGGCUGUCAUAAAUGGCCAGCUCAUUUGGUCCACAGAACACAUUGCUGACUGUCACCCAAUGAUUGCCAUCCACAUGUAGAACCUGAACAAACUUGGACUUGGGGGUUCCAACCACUCCACCAUUCCCAAUGACUGAGAAAAGAAGGACUGACUGGAAUCUGUCCAACUCUGGGUGCUGUCUUGCAAGGUAGUAGGAGGUCAAAUCUGUUUCGUCACUGGUAAGCCAGUAAUUUUGAUUCAAAAUGCUGGUGAUGUCAUGAUGGCUAUAUGCCAAAAAAUUAGGCUCUUUAAAGAGAAGGGCAUGAGAGCAUCCUUGUUUUCACCAUUCAAAAAGAAAACUCCACCCAAAUUUCCAUUUGUAAAGAAGACACAUGAGGGGCAACAAGGACGCCAAUGCACUGUCCAUGUGUACUGUGCGUGUCGUACAGUGCACAAUGGAGAACUGAUGGUUCAGUGCCAUGCCUGCAAUGAAUGGUAUCAUCAUACUUGCAUUGACAUUCCCGAAACAGCCAUCAACUCAGAAGAAGAAUGGUUCUGCCCAAAAUGCUUUGAAGAGUGAAAGCAUCACUGGCAUGUAUACUGGGAGUGUGUAUAUAUUGUAAAUAGACUGUAAAUAAGCCAUCUAUCUAUGUUGAGGGAGCCAUAAAGAUGUACGUGUCUGUCUGUCUGUCCAAUAUUUUUGUCUGUCUGUCUAUCUAUCGAUCGAUCUAUGAUGCUGCAAUAGACAUGUUUGGAUUACACAUUGAAUCCUGGAUUAUUCCAAAAUGCUGCCAUGAUAUGGGACCAAAAUCACUCUGGUGGUAGCUACUACUCUCUACUAUGAGCUGGUGAUGUUGUUAUUCACAGACCUUUGCACAUUUACGUGUAGUAUUUGGUCAAAGUACAGUGCACUGUAAUGUAAAUGCAUAUUUAAAUCACAGGCAUUUGCAUAUAAAAUGAGUAAAAGUAAAAAUGAUCCAAGGUUUUGAGUGUUAGCAGGACUAAAUUGAUAAAUUAAUGAUGUCAUUCCGGAUGUUUCACACCUAAAAUAAAAACACCAAUCAUGUUUGACCAAGAUGAUACAGAUUUUCAUAUCUCUCGUCCAAAUAUUAAUUCGGCUCAAAAUAAAAAAUAAC